AAUGAAAAUAAGAUGUGUCCUGUUACAUAAGUUGAGACGGAGGUGCUUCUUGUUGUCCCUGUCCCUGCUGGUGGUGUGUCUGCUGAAGCUGGUCUACGUCAAGGUGAAUGAAUGAAUUAACGAAUGAUCGAUCAAACAAACAAACACAUUUAUUUGACACAUUUUAAACACAUAUAGAGUUACCUCAGCCAUGAGAUUACUGCAAUACCACAAAAUACAAAAAGUCAACAAACUUAUUUCCAUUGUGGUCUACUUCAAGGUGAUGGUGAGGAACAGCUUCUACAUUGAGCCCUAUGGAAUCACCGCCAGCUCUUCACGGAUCCCCAACCACCAGUAUGACAUCAACUGCACCGCUAUCUACCAACUAGACCCUGUGGAGAUAGGGAAGAGUUUGGAGAUCAGGCGUAAAGUCAUCGUGGACUUGGAGGACGACAGCAUCGUGUCUUUGACCUUGGACUGUCAGAGGUACUUGUGCUUUCUGGACUGUACUUUUUAACUUGUCUAAUUAUGUAUGUAUUUAUUGUGACUGUCCUGUGAUUGUUUUUAAUGUUGUAAGUUAUUUGUAUUGUUCUACUAUGUCUAUAAGGAAGACAACCCAAUUUCCUCUUUGGGAUGAAUAAAGUACAAUCUCAUCUGUCACAUCAACUAAUCUCAGGUACAUCGAGACGAGAGGAUAUGAUGUCAUCCCGGUAUCAGAGGAGGAACGGAGGUUCCCGCUUGCGUACUCUCUGGUGGUGCAUAAGAACGCUCCCAUGGUGGAAAGGAUCCUCAGGGCCAUCUAUUCCCCUCACAACCUCUACUGCAUCCACUAUGACCAGAAGGUAGGGCUGGCAGCCAGGUAGCCUAGAGGUUAAAGGGGAGGGUUUGGUACCUGAAGGUUGCUGGUUUAAAUCCCGAAAAAUCUGAUGGGAUAUGAGCUGACUACUUGAAGGUUGUUAGCAAAAAUUCCUAAAAAGAUAACAUCUCCUGCUGUUGUGGCCUUGAGAAAGUCACUGAACCCCUAAACUGCUCAACGAGUGCUGCACUGUAGUUGCCCGCUGCGCCAGCCUUUCCAACCUAAUGUGAGUGGGUUUGUUUAUGUUGGAGGGGUUAGGUACAGCAGAAGACACAUUUCUGUCUCGUAUGGAUUAAUAAAGUAUUCUUCUUCUUCUAGUCCUCUCAGAAAUUCAUAGCAGCUAUGAGGAACUUGGCUCAGUGUUUCCCCAACCUGUUCAUAGCCUCCAAGCUGGAGUCUGUGCAGUAUGCCCACAUCACCCGGCUAAACGCUGACCUCCACUGUCUCAACGACCUGCUGGAGAGGUCAGAGGUCAAGUGGAAGUAUGUCAUCAACCUCUGCGGCCAGGACUUCCCUCUCAGGUAAAAACCCCACAUUUUUACAUCCAUCAGAACAAAUUUUACUCAUUACUUUUAGAUGAGCUACUUCUAUACUCCUUAAAAUGCCUGCCAAAUAUCGGAACUCAAAGUCUAAUAGAUCAUGAAGUUAAUUAGGGGAUCAAGCAGCAAAGCUGCGAGAAAGCCUAUUGUAUUUGUUGGCAAGCUCAUUGGCUUAUAGCGGCCAUAUUGUUUGAGCUAUGUUCUUGGAAAAUAUUGCAUUAAAGACGUGGGUCCAUAGAUGCUAUGUACCAAAUUUGGUGCCGAACGGUCCAGCAGUUCUGGAGAAAAAGAUGUUUACAGUAGUUGACGUCAUUACAAAUGGUCAAAAAUUACAGGGUAUGAAAUCUGACCACAACCUCUGUCUCCUUACACACACACCUCAUGGUCGAACCGAUACAGAGAAGUGCCGUAAGGGGGCGCAAUCUUACGAUCCAACAGUCCGGAGACAAGAGCUGUUGUACCACCAGUGCCAAAAACCAAGGCCAGGCAUCUGAAGGAGGCUGAAAAACUCUUAUGUAUCACGUGCUACACUGUAACUGCCAUAGAUCAAAUAUUUCAAAUAACCCACCAAGUUGGCCUUUGAAGAUAGUACAGUAGUAGAACAAAGAAUGCACCUGCAGCCGUGUGAAGUUGCCAUGGUCUCCACUUACUGGGACAGGUGUAUAGAAUGUUUUUUAUCCCCAGUACAGGUGGUUAUUGUGUUAUUUGUGGUAAAUAUCCCUUUCCACUUGCUGUUUAGGCUUUUAAACACACACGUAUACUAGAGAAAAACAAGGCGGGGAAAAAGAGAGCGAGAAGGUGUUUUGCAUCUAGCAGGGUUGACGCAUAAAGUAACUGCUGACCAGAUACGUUUAUUUAUAUUUUGUACCCCUUUUUUUGUGAUAUCCAAUUGGUAGUUACAGUCUUGUCCCAUCGCUGCAACUCCCGUAUGGACUCGGGAGAGGAGAAGGUCGAGAGCCAUGCGUCCUCCGAAACAUGACCCUGCCAAGCCGCACUGCUUCUUGACACACUGCUCGCUUAACCCGGAAGCAAGCCGCACCAAUGUGUCGGAGGAAACACCGUACAACUGGCGACCGUGUCAGCGUGCUUGCGCUCUGCCCGCCACAGGAGUCACUAGAGCGUGAUGGGACAAGAACAUCCCUGCCGGCCAAACCCUCCCCCAACCCGGACGACGCUGGGCCAAUUGUGCGUCGCCUCAUGGGUCUCCCGGUCAUGGCUGGUUGCGACACAGCCCGGGAUCGAACCCGGAUCUGUAGUGAUGCCCCAAGCACUGCAGUGCCUAAUACCGCUGCGCCACUCGGGAGGCCCACAUUUUCUUAUUUUUAAUAGCCUAAACAACAAGUUUGGAAUGUUUGGCUUGUUUGACUGAAAAACUAAACAUUUGCUUAGCUAUGUACAACAGAGAUGGUGGGGGCUUAUUGGUGCCACCCUCCCCCCCAGCCUUAGUUAACACACCUGAUUAAACUAAUUGCAUUCUAAACGGUAGACCAUGAUUAAUUGAUUAUUGGAGUCAGGUGUGUUAGCUGGGGCUGGGGCAAAUGUGCGUCACCAAUCAGGCCCCCGAGGAGUGGAGUUGCCCAUCCCUGAUGGACAACUUCAUCAUUAGAGGUUCAGGCAGCGAAGCUGCAAGAAACCUUAUUGUAUUUGUUGCCGUUCAUUAAUAUUAGGGGUACAAGCAGCGAUACUAGGGGUUAAAAAUACAGCCAUGUGGUAUGGCCAUGGUCCAAAUGACGUGGCCAGAUUGCUUGAUCUGUUUGAUUUUGAGGUGUGAUAUUUGGCUGGCUUGUUAAUGACUACAGACGUAACUCAUCCAAGGGUAAUGAGUCAAUUUUGUCUUGAUGUGGUGUUGUGGUUCCAUGAAGCUUGAACCCCGACAUGGUUGCUUGCAGCUAUAUUUUGUGGUUGAUUUUGUAAAUGUUUUAAUGAUGUUGAUGUCUUCUUCUCUAGGUCGAACGGUGAGCUGGUGUCGGAGCUGCGGGCGCUUAAUGGUGCCAACAUGCUGGAGACCUCCCGUCCCAGCGAGCUGAAGAAACAACGCUUCCGUUUCCAGCACCAGCUGAAGGACGUGCCCUACGAGUACCGCCGUUUACCCGUCCGAACCACCCAUGCCAAGGCGGCGCCACCACACGACCUUGAGAUAUUCAUCGGCAGCGCCUACUUUGUCCUCUCACGAGACUUUGUCCGUUACGUCGGAAAUAGCUCUGUGGCGAGGGAGUUCCUGGAAUGGUCAGCUGACACAUACUCUCCGGACGAACACUUCUGGGCGACACUGGUGAGAAUCCCUGGUGUACCAGGAGAGAUCCUCCGGUCUGCCCCGGAUGUGACAGACUUAAAGAGUAAAACGCGACUGGUGAAGUGGAAUUAUCUGGAAGGGUCUCUGUACCCUCCCUGCACAGGGACUCACAUGCGGAGUGUUUGUAUCUACGGGUCUGCGGAGCUGAGGUGGUUACUAAACUAUGGCCAUUGGUUUGCUAACAAGUUUGACCCCAAAGUGGACCCUGUGCUUAUUAAAUGCUUGGAGGAGAAACUGGAAGAGAAACGGAGACACUGGGGAAACGCGGUGCAGAAG